CAGGCGACUCUAGCGCGGCGGGUUGUGCGGCCAGGGCCCGGCCCCCCUGACUAAGCGGCCGGGAUGCGGUGCGGGAAGAUGGCGGCGCCGCCGGCCGGAGCUGGGACCGGGAGUGGGGCCGGGGCGGCGGCGGGGGCUCGGGGCGGCCUGCGGAGGCGCUGCCGGCGCCUGCUCUACUGGGUGCCGGUGCUCUUCAUCGCCAGCAUCCUCUGCUGGUCCUACUACGCCUAUGUCACCCAGCUCUGCCUGCUGACAAUGACGAAUAUUGGAGAAAAAGUUGUGUGCUUGAUUGCAUACCACAUAUUUGUCAUGCUGUUUGUCUGGUCUUACUGGAAAACAAUCUUCACAUUACCAAUGAAUCCCUCAAAAGAAUUCCAUCUGUCUUAUGCACACAAAGAACUGCUGGAGAGGGAGCCUAGAGGUGAAGUCCAGCAAGAUGCAUUAAGGAGAGCAGCCAAGGACCUUCCUAUAUAUACCAGGACAAUGUCUGGAGCAAUCAGAUACUGUGACAGAUGCCAACUUGUAAAGCCAGAUCGCUGCCAUCAUUGUUCUGUGUGCGACAAGUGUAUUUUGAAAAUGGAUCAUCAUUGCCCUUGGGUGAACAACUGCGUUGGAUUCUCCAAUUACAAAUUUUUUCUUCUUUUCUUGGCUUAUUCUCUACUGUAUUGCCUUUUUAUUGCUGCAACAGAUUUACAAUAUUUUAUCAGAUUCUGGACAAAUGGCCUUCCUGAUACUCAAGCCAAGUUCCAUAUCAUGUUUUUAUUCUUUGCUGCCACCAUGUUUUCAGUCAGUUUAUCUUCUCUUUUUGGAUAUCAUUGCUGGCUAGUCAGCAAGAAUAAAUCUACAUUAGAAGCAUUCAGAGCUCCUAUAUUUCGUCAUGGAACAGACAAGAAUGGGUUUAGCUUGGGCUUCAGCAAAAAUCUAAAGCAGGUGUUUGGUGAUGAGAAGAAGUAUUGGUUGUUGCCUGUUUUUACAAGUCUAGGUGAUGGUUGUUCCUUUCCAACUUGUCUUGUUAAUCAAGAUGCUGAACAAGCAUCCACACCUGCUGGACUUAAUUCAACAGCCAAAAAUGAGAGUCACCUUUUUCCUGCGAAGCCAUUACGAGACUCCCAGAGCCACCUUCUUACUGAUACUCAAUCUUGGACAGAAAUCAGUGCAAAUACUGAAAAAGGCAAAGUUGGUAUGAGCAAUCCUGCACUAGCCAUGGAAAAUGAAACCUAGUCACUCUUAAAGCCAACAUCUGAAUAACUAAGAAAAGUUCAAAAUAAAGCUGUUGAUGGAAGGAAGGCAUGUCUUCCAGAAAUCAGCCUCUGUUGGCCAGCUGCUCCUGUCUGCUCCUGCGUGGAUAUGCUCUGAAAAAUAUUGACAGCUCAUUGGCUGUCUCCAUGUCAUUGCUUGAAACAUUGACAUUUUUGAAUUGUAUAAAGAAUGUUUCAGCUUACACAAAUUAUUGUUAAAAUGAUGAAGGAAAUUCUGAGUAUUAUAAAUAAGAAUUGAGAUUGACUAGUGGGUUGGACAAAAAUUACUAUUGUGCAAAUUCUGUGACUGAUUUUUACUUUUAUUAUGAUAGCACAAGAAAAAUAUAAAUUCCUUGCAUAUAAACCAAACUAUUACAGUGGCCAUAAAUAAGAUUGAGUUUGCACUGCUGACUUCAUCCAUGGAAAAAGUAUUAUGUGUUAUUACUGAGGAUUAUCUAGCUUGCUGAUUAAUCAGGUACCAUGUUUUCAUUUCAGUCUUGAAUAACCUAAUUCUGAUUUGAAACCAAACUGACUGAAAUAUUUUAGAAUGUUUUGGUAACUUGAUUGCUAAGUCCAUCCCUUUAUUUUCUAUGGACAGAUCUCACCAUUGAAUUCUAAUACUCAGUUGUUGGAAUAACUUCUUAUCUGACUGGAUGGUAUGCUUACUAUCAGGGUUAAUCUUAAUUCUGAAUAGAAUAAGAAGCCUACAUUAAAAUGGGCUCUCUAAAGGUUGGUGUUUAGAUCAAGGCUUUCAGUUAGAGCUGCAUAGCACCGUGCAAUCAGUUUCUGUGCUUUCAUUUGGAAAAUAACAGAAAAACAGUGUGCGGUUUUAAUAUUGCUUACGGAACACUUGAACCAAAAAGCAUACUCUAAAUUGUGUUUUUCAAGAAACACCAUUACCCAAAACCAGUCUGCUUCUUAUGGCAUGAUAAUGAUUUUACCUUUGUCUUUCCUGCAUUUCCUAUUGCAUUAUCAGAAAGUAAUGGUAUGUACAUACAAGAAGACUAUAUUUUGUUGUCAAAACAUAGCGUUUAUACUAUAGCAGGGACAUUGAGCAUCUGAUCAAAAGCCAAACUGAUUCCCAUUAAAAAACACUUUUCAAUUAAACCAGAUGUGUACAUUUUCAAAAUCAGAUACUGGCUUUCAUAGGAUCAGAGUUUUUACCAGACGGAUUUUAAAAGAUGUAUCAAUUUCUAAAGCCAAGAAAGCUUCGGUGACACAAAUCUUGUGCCUUUUUAUGCACUUCAUUAAUGGUACUGCAAAAUGUUUACAUAAAAUGCAUGGUAAUCAUGCUAAUCACAAAACAGUUCUUAAAAUUGUUUGCUUAUACUUUCUAGACUAGCUAGAAAGAAAGCUUUAAAAAAAAUGACACUUGAGGUUAUGGAAUUGGUACACAGAUGAAGCAGAUCUGCAGAUUUAGUCCUUGGAACUCCAUAGAAAGUUGAAUUGGAUUACAGAAUUAUGUUAAAGUGUGGACAGACAGAACAAUUCUGCUGCUGUUAACUGUUCUGAUACAACUUUUAUGUUUUUCUGCUCCUCUAUAGGAGUAAGUGAGGCUAAACAGUUUUAACUUUAAACCCAUUCCAUUCUGGUCUUGCUCAUUUAACAAUAUAUGAGUUAGGAGAUAAAAUGGUUGUCAGAACAGCAGGUCUCACGCAACAAGUUCCCCUUCACCUUCCUCUGUUAAAAUGAUUUGAAGUUACUUUGUAUAUUUAUAAUCGCAGGAAGAAAACUUUCUGAACGAAACUGUUUAGAUGACAGGAACUGGAAUAAAUCGGAAUAUAUUAUUGUUACGUUUUUGUUUCGGCACUGUUUCAGAAAACCAUUAUCAUUAUACCUCUCUUACAGCAAGUAAUUCCAGAUUAGGCCAAAUUUUUUCCUUUGGCUCACUUUUUAAAAUAUUCUUCUUAAAGUGAUAAUGGUUGAUCUGACAUGGACUAACAGUUUUGAUAUAUUUUCAAUUCAUAGUUUUAACAUUUGGGUUUUUUUAUAUAAAGGUAGGGUUUGGUUUUGUUUGUUUGUUUUACUGAUCUGAAGACAGCUCAGAUUCUGUUACCAGAAGUGCCAGAAUAUGAUGCCUAAAUGUAAUAUUUUUAAACUAGUCUUUGAAGUUAGCACAUGGUUUAUGUGAUGCACAUAAACAUUCUGAAAUUGAGUUUCCAUGGUACAUUCUUUGUUCAGUGUUAUUCUGCCAAGAGCUUAUUUUGUAUCAGUGUUUUAUUUAAAGGCUGGUCAGAAGUAGCAAAUGAAUAUAUCUUCAGGUCCUAAUGUUGUUGUAUUUGUAUACUCUUACUUGUUUUCACAUAAUUAUUGAGCUGGGGGUUUGUCUUUCACAGAAGCGUGCAUUGAACUUACCUACAUAUCAUGUGAUACUGAGAAGGUGGAAUUCUGUUUAAUGUGGCUGGCCUAGUAAGGAGUUGUACCCAAACAUAGAUCUCUUACCCUUACUUUCCAUGGAGAAGGUAUCAGCAGCCUCUGUAACAUCAACCUUCCACCUCCCUUACCCCCUCUCUCCCCAUUAAGAACCAUUUUAGGGGAAGGCUGUGGAGUUCUUUGCAGAGUAUCCCUCUGCCACCUUUUAUAAGAUGAGGUGAUCCAGUACUAGGGUAUUGUUUCCGAGUAUGGUCUUGGCUUGGGCACUACUUUGCUUUGUAUGUGGGAUGGAAAAUUGAGUUAUUUAAAAAAAAAAACUCUAUGGUUCAGCAAUUACGUUGUUACAAUGCAAUUGUGAGGACUUUUGGUAUCUGGAGCAAGAGCAUAAUAAUGUUGGCUGUCAGAUUACAUUGAAUCCUGUGUUUUACAUAACUUUGCUAGGCACUUUGUCAGGCUGCAAUAUGUAAGACUUGGUUUAGUUUUGUUUUGUUUUUUACAUGUAUGAACAACAUGCUGUAUACUUAUUGAAACAACCUGAAAAUGUUGUAGACAUGGAACCUUAUCCAUAGGCUACUUUUUGUAAAAUAUGGCUUCAAAUUUGCUAUGUAUAGACACCCCUGCACACCUCUGACACGUAAUUUCAGUGGGUUACAGGAUGAGCAUAAGAGUCUAGCCAGGCGGAUCUGGAUCCAUAACUAAAUUGCAAUUAAGUUACUGCAUAUGGAGACAACUAUAUAUAUUGCUAGAUACUCAGGUUUGUGAAUAGGUUGAAUAAACUAUUAGUAGAGUAAAACAGGAAGUAAAUACACAGAUCCUGUACUCAAAUUAUAUAACUGAAAUGUUUUGUUGUAACUUCUAAAAUCUCAUCAAAUGUAAAACUAUUUUUAUGAAGAACAGAGAGAAUCUAAAUGUUAAUGAGCUGCUCCCAUUAAAUCAGUUUAUAACUGUAAAUUAGGUACUGCCAUGUUUUCAAUAUAUACUUGAAAGAUGUUUGAAGAGAGGGGAUUUUGAAAAUAGUUAGAUUGCAGUCUACAGUUCAGAGAUUAGUUUUCAAGUAAAACUAAACUAGCACACAAAUGUUGGUACGGAAGUUGAAUGUAUUAGAUGAAUGAAAGCUAGCCUUCUUAAAAAAUAUAUUCAUUUUUAGUAAAUGUUUGAAGUCUUUCCAGGCAUAAGUCAAAAGUUAAGGACAGAAGGUCUUUAAUCAAAAUCUGAGACUGCCAGGAUGAAGGAAGAAUGUGGUUAAAACUGCUCAUGUUUUAGUGCAUGAUGCUACUUAGCACAGUACUCUUAACCACUGUUUCUGUUAUGUCCCUUGAUUAUCUUGGUCCCAGUGUAGUGUAUGGGCUGAAAUCAUUUUUGUAAGUGUUUCUACAUAUUUUGGUGUACAAACUUAACAGCUAUUAAUGUAGUAUAUAUGUGAUUAAAUGCUUUGUGCAGCAAAUCUAUCAUAUACAUAGUAGAGGCAAAAUAAUCUUUAACCUUCUUCUUCCAUCCUUAUUUAUGUAGCUUAAUGGCACUUACUAAAAAUUAAGGGAGGUGGUUAGCUGUGUUUUGUCUGAAGUCAGGCAGAAGGCAGGUCAGGAUGGCAUCUUAGGGCACCUAUAUAUGUGCAGUGAGGCUGCUUUGACAUGCUGUAAUUUCUGCACAUUGGAGCAGACUCAGUUAAUCAAGUCUGCUGGAGCAUGGUAAUUACCUCAGUCCAGCAGACUCCAGCAUCACAUGCUUCAAUGUCCCCACGUUGAAAAAUGGCAAGGGGGGGGGGCCACUGAGCUUUAGUUAAAACACCUCCACCCCCAUUUUUUAGCAUGGGAACACCGAUACAUGCGACACUGCAGGCACUUUAAUUUGAGCAGCUCCAAGCAUAGGCGACUGGUAGGGGGUGCACAUGCCCCCCAAUGGCUGACACUGAUGCUGUCAGUAGGGCUGGUGUGUGUGUCCCCAACAGGCUCGGUGGCUUCUACAGGUUCCCCCCCUAGAUUCAGGAGGCACCAGUCACUCUUGGUUCCAAGAGACUAGCUGGUUCAGAGAGGCAUAAGCAUUUGUAGGCAACAGCCUACUUCAAAGCUCAUGCCUUUGAAUCAAUAUAAAUAUAAGUUUAUGCAAAAAGGUUUUACCCUCACUCUGUAAUAAUACUUCAGCAAUCAUUUUAGAAUGUGGCAAACAUUGAUGGAAGUAAAUGGCCCAUAACUUACCAGCAAAUAAAAAAAAAUUAUUUCAGUGAGGUAAUUUAAAAUUACUUUAUGGAUAGUGUGUUCAGCUUUUUCAGCAUUGUCAGUGUUUCAGGGCUGAUUCUAGGGAACUGUGCAAUAACUAGCAUGUAUUGCAUAGUCCAUCAUCUCUUCCCAUUGGCAAUUUGUGCCUGAGUAUAAGAAAAAGCAUUUUAAAUUACAUUUUGAGUACAAGUGACACCAAACUACAGUCACAAAGGUUUUUCAAACUCCUGUGCUACAGUUGCUUAUAUCUUUAAAAAAAAAAAAAAAAUUUAGUGUUUGACCUGGAAGUUCCUGAGGUGCCUGCCAUUCUGCUUUUACAGGUGUCUACCGCCUGCAUAAAACCUCAUUGUUUUGCUCAGUUUUGGGAUUCCAAUGCUUAAAUUUUCUGAAGGGGUUUGACCUGGCACAAUCAGGCCUCUUGCAAAAUACAUUUACAGCCACUUUCUUAAAGACAGCUGAAGGAGCCCAGCUCUUAUGUAGUGGGCUAGUGGUGGGAGAACUCAUCCAGCAAAUAAGGGCCCUAGGCUCAGUGGAGUGGGUUUGAACCUACCUUUUACCUUUGAGAGAGUCCUAAUCAUCUCCCAUAAAAGCUGUGACACUGUGCACAAAGGAAUUUCUUCAUAAGGACAAAAAGAGAUCACAGAGGAGCAGAAACUUUAGUUAUAGCUGGCAGUUUAGGGGCACGGGGGGAGAAGUUUGUACCCUGCUUCUGCCAUCCGUUUUGUAUCCUGUUUGGCUGUGGAGAUGCAAUGAAACCACAAGUGCUUUGCUCACUGAGACCUCCCUUAUCCAGUGGCAGUCAUGUUUUACAAGGACACAGUGAGCACCUUACUUGGUUCAUAUAAAGAAUAUCUUAGCGUAGCUCCUUUGUGCAGAUUGUAUUCUGUUGACUAGAUCCAGCAACUGUCAACUCAACAGGCAGUUUUGGGAUUUUUUUGAUCUACAAGUUAGACACUGCAGUACAAAAUUCUUCAUUACAUCCAGAUCUCUGUUACUGCCUCAGUGAAAACAAGAACAACCUCCAUUCAGUUGUUGAUGUAUUUAGUUCCUGUCUUUUAUUAGCAGUAAUGCUCUGUGAUUUGACUAACAAACAGUAGGAAAGCCUGAGAGUAGGGCACCUUAAGUCCCUUGGGCUGGUGAUUAAUUUCUCACUUGUUCUCUACUACUUGUCCCAUGUAUUAGGGUAUGUCUACAUGGCAGCAUAGCAGAGAAAGCCAAACUUGUUCAGAUAGUAGAGACGGCUUAGCUGUAGAAGCAGAGCCUCCCCCUACUUGACCAUGUAUAUUCUGUACAGGAAGAAAUAAGUAAGGGAUAAGAAGUGGCCUCCUAAUGUUGCAGCCUUUUGUUUAUCUUUAGCCUACAUUUGAAGCCUAAAACAGGUCCUAUUCAGGAAGGUAACUUCUACAGGACAACAACUGCCUUAAGAAAAUAUGUUGAGCAUUGCACAUAGACGUUAAAGCAGAACUGUGGCAGAUACUAUUUGAAAAAGCUGGGGAGAAGGGAGAUGGAAGAAGUGUUUUGAAGAUGUAGGUUAAAGAAGUGAUAUUAAUGAAGCAAUACUGAGUUGUUGAAAGGAAGAAACAAUGGACCAAUUAUCUUAUUUAUAUCUGUACAAUGCCAAGGAUUUCAGUGUAGUUACUUCAUGGUGGCUCAGCUGUAGCCAAGGUCGGACUGGUCCACAAUCAUCCUUCAGUGAGCCUGAUUCUACAGGUGUUUUGAUUGCCAAAAAGUGGAUAUAGAAGGUAUGUUUUGAGGAUGACUGACUUACUACUAGAGUUUCUUAUAUUUCUUAUUGUGUAGAAGCAUUCACAGGCUAUGACAGUAACUUCAUAGAGAAACUUUCAUUUCACACAAAAUAAAAGCUCUCACCUUCCUUCAGAAUUGCAUUUGAGCAAGAAGCAAGGUUACAAAACAGUAUCAUGAGGGUCAGGUAUGCUUUCAGCUCACCACCGGGGCAGUGUUAUUGUUUCCUGGUCUUUAGUCCUAUCAGUUAAACUCUCAAACAGCUACCGGAAGUCAACGCUUAGAGCUCUGCUUCAGAACUAUUUUAGAUAAUGACUUGACAGCCAUGGCUCCAAGACACCCAAAUACAUAUUACCAAAUCUAAACAAACAGAUACUGCACAAAGAUUAGAGGAGCUUGUUGCUUUUGUUUGUACUCUGUGAACAGCAUUAUGUAUUUUUGUACCUUGCAAAAUUGCUGCUGGAAAAAAUAAAAUCUUUUAAGUCAUUCA